AUGGCCAGCUCUCCGGCUGCUCCGGCUGCUCCGGUGGGCGACGACAGCUGGAUCGACUACCUUGAACAGCAGAGACGCGAUGCGAACGCUCUUGAGCAGCGGAUCCGCGUGGUCGAGCUGUACCGCUCGGCUGUCAACGCCGAGCCCGGCAGCAUACGUGUCUGGAUCGCCUACUGCACGUAUUUCUGGUCGCUCUACGUGGAGUGCUCACAGCGCAGCGGCGCGGUGGCGACGUGGCCGGCCGAGGAGCAGGCGGCCGCGGCCGACAUCUUCUCGCUGGACGCGGCGCUGCACCUGUGGAACGAAGGCCACGAGGCGACACAGUUCCGACUGAGCGACAGCCACGAGCUCUGGAACCGCUGGAUCGCUCUGGAGCGAGAGCUGCUCGACCGCACGCGCACGGCCGAAGGUGUGCGGCGCAUCACUCACCUGUACCGCAACCGGCUCGCGAUCCCGCACAUGGCCUGGGACGACACCUCGUCGGCCUUCUCGUCCUUCCUGAGCGAAUACAACCCGGCAGCCUACGAGGAGACGAUGCGGGCGGUCACGGAACAGUCGCGCACAGCCCGUCACAUCUGCGAACGGCGCGAUGGCAUGGAGAUGGCCCAGCGUGCAGCCCAGCGAUCGGGCAGCGAGCAGGCGCAGCGCAACGCCAUGUCAGACUACCUGGAUUGGGAGACGGCCAACGCGCUGGCCGAGAGGGACGACAAGGUCACGGCGGUGCGCGUGGCCUUUGGGCUGUUUACGCGCGCGCUCUCGGGCGUGUUUGCGACCGACGACGGCACGUGGACGGACGUGCUCGUGUUUGCCACGCAGCUGCGCCGCGACAUUGAGGACAGCGCGAACCGCAACGAGGAGGUGCUCCGCCACCUGCCCAGCAACCUGGACAUCCUCCAGCGCGCGGUCCAGCACUGCCCGUGGUCCGGCUCGCUCUGGGCGCGCUACAUUGUCUGCGGCGAGCAGGUCGGGCUGAGCUUCUCGGACAUUGAGCGCAUCAAGCACGCGGCCACGAACAGCUCGCUAGACCGCGACGGCAUGGCGGCCGUGGUCGAGAUGUACGCGUCGUGGUGUGGCUAUCUGCGGCGGCUGGCCAUGGACCCGAACGCGUCCGACGAGGCAGUCGAUCUGGCCGACUCCGGCCUGGUGGCUGCGCUGGAGGCCGUGCAGGUCUGGGGCGAGCGGCGGUUCGGCAGCGCCUUCCAGGGCGACCCGAACUACCGGCUGGAGCGCAUCAUGAUCCAGCACCUGACGGACAAGCACGGGGCCGCAGACGAGGCGCGGGAGCACUGGGAGAAGCUGGCCGAGAAGGACAUGCACGCCAACGACUACAGCUUCUGGCUGAGCUUCCACGCGUGGGAGAUGGGCCUCUUCCAGGCGCAAAAGGGCCGGAUCCGCAGUCCGACGCCGGCGACUACGAAUUCCCGGUCACAGCGGGUGCCCUCGCAGGCAACGCGGGUGCUGCGCCGCGCACUGCAGAACCUGCACCUGAACUGGCCGGAGCGCAUCAUGGAGGUAUACAUCAAGCACUGCAACGAUUUCCAGACUGUUGACGUGCUCCUGAGCGCCUUUGACGACGUGCACAAGCUGCAGAAGCUGCUGGCGAAGCACCGCAAGGAAGUGGCGGCUCUGCAGGCGGCAUCGGCGGCUCAGACGACGGCGGCUGAGGAGGAGCUGAGCGAAGCUCAGGCGCAGACGCCGACGCAGGAUCCGGGCGAGCCGCAGACAAUCGCUGCUGCCCAUGACACAGUAGAGGGCCAGGAUUCGCCGUCGAGUACCAAGCGGAAGCGAGAGACAGACGUGGCCGACGAUAUGGACGAGUUGGCCUCGAAGCGGGCUCGCAGCGAGCAGCACCAACCUCCGCCACUACCGCCACCGCAGCAGCAGCAGCAGCGGGGAGAGACGGAGCUGAAACGCGACCGAGAGAACACGUCGGUGUACGUGGCCAACCUACCGGCAGACGUGACGAGCACAAAGGUGCGGCAGUACUUCCGAGACUAUGGUCACGUGAACAACAUCCAGCUCCAGAGAGAGGAAAAGACCAAGUCGAUGGUAGCGCUGGUAGAGUUUCGGUCGGUGGAGGACGUGCAGUCAGCGCUGAUCCGCGACGGCAAGUACUUUGGGGACCAAACGAUCUCGGUGAAGGCGGCAGCGGGUGUGACGCUCUUCCUGACCAACUUCCCGCCGACGACCGACGACGCCUACAUCCACGAGCUGUUUAAGAAGUGCGGAGAGAUCUUUGGGAUCCGGUGGCCCAGCCUCAAGUUCAACGCCCACCGGCGCUUCUGCUAUGUGUCCUUCCGGGACGCCGAGGCGGCAGCGCGGGCGGUGCAGCUGGACGGAAAGAUGCUGGACGGACGCUACAAGCUAUCGGCAAAGUACUCGGACCCGGCGCGGAAGAAGUCGCGGGAGGGCGCGGCAGAGGAGGGCCGCGAGGUGCACGUGAAGAACCUCGGCUUCGACGUGGACGAGCAGGGCCUGCAGGAUCUGUUUGAGCGCUACGGCAAUGUCGAGAGGGUGCGGUUGCUGCGCAAUAUUGGCGGACGCAGCCGUGGCUCUGGCUUCGUCGUGUUCGCGACCAAGGAGGAGGCGGAGCGAGCAGUGGCCGAGCUAGACAAGGUCAAGUUCGGGUCGCAGAUCCUGUCGGUGGACUUGUCGGUGCCGGCUGCCUUUAAGCCGGCUGCCCGAGAAGCGUCGGCCACGCCGGAAGCCGGAGCCGGUGAGGGCGGCAGUCCGACAGCGACGACGGCGACGACGGCGACGACAGCAUCGACGACAGGCGACGGAGCGACCAAAGCACACCCUCGAGACCGGACAUUUGCACUGCUAGGCAUCCCGGAUACGGUCGGGAUUGCGCGGGUGCGGGCCUUGGCGGAGCCUCACGGACACAUUGUGAAGCUGGUGCUGCGGGCAGACCACGGCGGUGCCAUCAUCGAGUUUGGCGAUGCAGCAGCAGCCGGAGCAGCCCAGCUGGCGCUGACGGGCUCGAAGCUGGACGGCCAGACGCUGCGAACGGGACCGGUUGCGUCGCUCUUCCACGAGAAGGCUGCAGUGCGGAUAGACCGGGUAGACCGGGCAGUUCCAAAGACCGGAGUCAAAGCUGGGCCUGGACUUGCGGCAGCUCUAAUGCCAGCACGCGUGAAGCGACCGACUCUGGGAGUCAAGGGAGCCAAGCGCGGCGUGGUGGUGCCGGGAUUUGUGACGGCAGCAGCAGCAGCGACAAAGAGCAGCGGCGAAGAAGCGACGCCGACGAAGAAGUCGAACGCAGAGUUUCGGGCGCUCUUUCUCGGCGGUGGACGGCCCAAGGACGAGAGCUCGGAUGGACCUGUGGCGGCAAAAGCGACGGCCAACGGCAGCAAGACGGACGGCAACGCAGCCGCGGAUGAAGAAGCAAAAACGAAUGUUGGGCGGAUCUGA